GACUGCGGACACAUUACAGGAGAUGAUCAGAGACUGCGGACACAGUACAGGAGAUGACCAGAGACUGCGGACACAGUACAGGAGAUGACCAGAGACUGCGGACAUAGUACAGGAGAUGACCAGAGGCUGCGGACACAGUACAGGAGAUGACCAGAGACUUCGGACACAGUACAGGAGAUGACCAGAGACUGCGGACACAGUACAGGAGAUGGCCAGAGACUGCGGACACAUUACAGGAGAUGAUCAGAGACUGCGGACACAGUACAGGAGAUGACCAGAGACUGCGGACACAGUACAGGAGAUGACCAGAGACUGCGGACAUAGUACAGGAGAUGACCAGAG